UUUUAGAUUUAGCGAGUGUCGUGAUGCCGCUGCCACUACAUAGCACAUAGAUGUACCUGUAUCUACGAUAACCUCGCAAAAGUGGGAGAAGUUAACCCACGAGGUUCAGUUUUCUUGAUUUCAAAUAUUAGAAUAUGAAAGCUUCUAUAAUUAACUUGAAAAAUGAUAACUUUGAAACAAUUAGUUAUAGAUCGGUUGAAAGGACGCAGUAAUUUUCUAAUGUCAUCAUUAUUGAGUUCGUAUCAUAUCAUUUUUAGGCAUUUAGAUCCCGCAAUAAUAGGUUUUACAAGUGUACGGCAAAAAAGUAAAAGGAAUGAAUUAAAUGUAACUUCGUUGUUUCAACCCGUUCCAAUUAAAAUUGAACGAAGCAAUACAAACGUGGGUGUUGAGCUGACUGGUGAACUAAAUAAAACUGAUGUUAAAGUAACAAUGAACUCCUUUGCAAGUAAAAAAUCGAUCAAAGACUUAGCUGCAGCACAUGGAUUAGAUAAGGAUCUCUUAAUUAAAGUUUUGAACGAUUUUCGAAAUUAUUGUGUGUCAUCGAAUUCCUUACCAACGGAUCUUCAUGUCACCUUAAAUGACAUUAUUAAAGGAGCUGCAAAUGUUACUGAUCUGUUCCCGUAUUUUUUACGUUAUGCAAAGGAAUCGUAUCCACACAUUGACUGCAUGGAUGACCUCAAGAAAAUCAGUGAUCUUCGACAUCCACCCAGUUGGUAUCCUAUGGCCAGGAGCAAAAUUAGAAAAAUAAUAUUUCAUGCUGGACCCACGAAUAGCGGCAAAACUUAUCAUGCUCUAGAAAGAUUUAUGUCUGCAAAAUCUGGUGUUUAUUGCGGUCCAUUAAAAUUAUUAGCUGCUGAAGUUUUUAAUAAAUGCAAUUCUAUGGGUACAGCUUGUGAUUUAAUAACAGGAGAAGAAAGAAGGUUUGCCAAAAAUGAAAUGUCUCCUGCCCAACACAUAGCAUGUUCUGUAGAAAUGGUGAAUGUACAAAAUAUGUAUGAAGUAGCUGUAAUUGAUGAAAUUCAGUUGUUGCGUGAUUUGUGUAGAGGUUGGGCAUGGACAAGAGCCCUUUUGGGCAUUGCUGCAGAUGAACUACAUUUAUGUGGCGAAUUUUCUGCUCUACCUAUUAUACAGUCUAUAUGUGCAACAACAGGAGAAACUGUUGAAAUUAAGAAAUAUGAACGGUUAACCGAUCUUAUAGUGGAAGACACUGCACUUAGAACGUUGACUGCUGUUGAACCAGGAGACUGUAUAGUUUGUUUCAAUAAAAAUGAUAUAUUUCAUGUGUCACAAACUCUCGAAAGAAAUGGGAAAGAAGUAGCGGUAAUAUAUGGUAGUUUGCCACCGGGCACGAAACUCGCCCAGGCUGAACGAUUUAAUGACCCGAAUGAUAAAUGUAAAAUACUAGUAGCUACUAAUGCAAUCGGAAUGGGUCUUAAUUUACAUAUCCGCCGAAUUAUAUUUUAUUCCGUUUGUCAGCUAACUGUAAAUGAAAUGGGCGAGAAGGAAGUAGAUAUAAUAUCUGUAUCGUCAGCCCUCCAAAUAGCAGGGCGCGCUGGUCGUUUUAAUACGCAAUGGCAAUGCGGCUACGUUACAACGUUUAAACCAGGAGAUCUUUUAAUAUUAAAGAAAUUAUUAAAUGAAACCCCAGAGGAUAUAAAGCAGGUUGGAUUGCAUCCAACUGCUGAUCAAAUCGAAUUAUACGCUUAUUAUCUGCCGAACACACCGCUUUCAAAUCUUAUUAAUAUAUUUAUUGCGUUAUGUCAAGUCGAUGAUUCUCUCUACUUCAUCUGCAAUUUAGAAGAUUUUAAAUUUUUGGCUGAUAUGAUACAACAUAUACCUUUAAAUCUUCGUACGAAAUAUAUAUUUUGUUGCGCCCCCGUUAAUAGAAAAAUGCCAUUUGUGUGCAAUAUGUUCUUAAAGUAUACGCGACAGUGUAGUAAAAAUGAAAAAAUAACUGCUUCUUGGUUGUGCAACCAAAUUAAAUGGCCACCAAAACCACCAGAAAAUAUUUCUGAUCUUGUGCAUUUAGAAUCAGUAUUUGAUGUAUUGGACAUUUACCUUUGGCUCAGCUAUCGAUUUAACGAUAUAUUUCCCGAUGGAAUUGAAAUUCGAAGGAUACAGAAAGAAUUGGAUAAAAUUAUUGAACAAGGAGUGAGGAGAUUGAAAAUUCUUUUCCACGUAGCAACAGACUCUACUGUACAAGAUGACCAAUCAGUUAUAGGUGAAUAUCAACCGUAUGACGAUGCCGUGUAUCCAUCCAAAUCGGGUAAAUUAACAAGCAGAUUAAUAUCCGAAGGUCUUUUAACGCCAAAAUUGUUAGAACAAUUGCAACAGGAAUGGUCAAAGAAACAAUGGAAAGAAAAUCCAAAGUAUGAUAGUUGGAAGAAAUAUAGUAACAAAAAAAUGACAACACGACAAUUUUGGAAGCGUAGGUAGAAUAUUUUGUUUCUUUUUUUCUGAAAUAAUUUGACAUAAAAUUAACAAUACAACGGAACAUCGUUUUUAUAUUUGGGCAACCCAAACGAAAAUGUAUAUCGAAUAGAGGAAUGUAAGUUAUUCAAACUAAAGAGAUUUUUUUAUGUACA